UGAACCACUAGAUGUUGCUACUUUAGUCUCCGCGACAAAUUUCGUCUGCACAGAUUCCUCGGCUCGGCAUAGCCAUUCGGUCGGGAGCGUUCCAAAAGCAGUUAAGGAUUACUGCUACUCUCCAAUAAGGGCACGUUUUUAUUGGGGCUUUUAGUCCCGCGGGCCGUUUUGAGAUGGCCGAGUAUACGCAGAAGGGUAUAUUGACGGCUGUACUGUUCUUUUCGGCCAUCACUUUACGAGACAUCUACGUCGGGAGAAGCCAGACCCAGCAGCAGGGUCCGCAGGCCUCCGAAAGCCUCGGCAUGGCCUCUGACAGCCUGCCGGACGCCGGCACCGUGAAGCCUGGGAAGCCCUCACUGUACACUGGGCCUGUGUUGAAAUUUCAAUACUGUAUUUCCUGAGGGUACAGCAAGGUGUACCAGGAGUACUCUCGGGCCAUCAGCCAGUUGUACCCGGACAUCCGUAUCGAGGGAGAGAACUACCCUCCAACACCCACCAACAGGUAUCUAGGUAACUUCUUCUCCUACUUCAAGCUGCUGGCCAUCACUCUGGUAGUAAGUGGCCAGAACCCCUUCCCCAUCCUGGGCCUGGCCACCCCGCGGGCCUGGGUCUGGAGUCAGGAGAACAAGAUCUUCUCGUGCCUGAUGGCCUUCUUUCUUAGCAACAUGUUGGAGACCCACUUCCUCUCCACUGGGGCAUUUGAGAUCAUGCUCAAUGAUGUUCCCAUCUGGUCCAAGCUGCAGUCUGGAUAUGUGCCCAACGUCCAGGAGGUCUUCCAGAUCCUAGACAACCACAUUAAGAUGAAUCAGGUGGAUCAGAUGAACUUCUCGUCCCCGUAGUGCUGGAAAUAAAGCCUCAACCGCAAGCUCUGCUGUGCAGUCGGUUCCUGGUUCUGGCGGAAUGUAUGUCUACUGGCAUUAAUGAAGGCCGGGCCUUAAAGCAGUUCUCUGUGUGGCCCGGCCGGAUGUCCCCUGCCAUUAAACCAGCGCUCCAUCUGUCCCAGGUAUCCUCUCCAUGGCAGCGCUGCUGUUGUGGAAAAUACAAUUAUAGUACACAUAUUCAUCACAUGUGAGACAUCCAAACCUCGCCUCGGUAUGCAGUUCAAUAUUUCAGGUUUGGCGAGAUACUGACACCAUGUAUAAUGUGAAUCACACCCGAGUGUACUUCUUGCAAGUGCUGGAAAGUGAUUCUCAUUUACAUAUUUGUUUGCAACAACCAAUGUUUUUUUUGAGCCAUUUUUGUUCCACUGCUACAUUGUAUAGAUGGGUUUUUAGUCUGUAUAAAUGGGGUUUAAUGCACUGGAUUUGCACAGAAAUGCUUUUUUUUUCUUUCUUUUUUAACAAUGGAAAUGGGUGUUUCUUAUUAAGAUUAAAUAAUUACUUGGUCAAAAACACUAUUGGUUAUUUUGCUUUGCAAUGGCGUUUCCCCUCUUCUGGUAACCGGGUUAGGACGUAAAAUUACUUUUUAAUAAUACUAUAGCUCCACACUCUCCUUGCUGAGGCCCUUGUGUCAAAAUUAUUCACACACUCUAGUCUUAAAGGGACAUCCUACACUAUCAGGGAUCUUUACCGUGCUCUGUUCUCCCAAUGCUAUUCCUUUAUCUGUAUUCCAUCAUAGGUCUUCAUUUCUGCCGUAAGAGAUGGAUGAGAGUAAGCAGACAACAGUGACAGCACCAGAAAGGGGAUAUGCAAUUAUGGUUUCUGAUUGAUUGAGCUGAGCAAAUUUGAGCUAAUCGUUUUGUAGAGUAGCAGUAUCUUGAUGGUAAUGUUUCUGAGAUUUUAUUUGGUUGCUCUAUAAUGAGGGUGAUGGAUUACGAGAGCCUUAACCAAUCGCAUCAUCCCUAAUUAAACAUUGUACAUUUAUUUAAUGUGUUUGUGUCAUUUUGUUCAUCAGAAAUAAAGAAGGAACUUCAAAACCAAUGCUUCUGGUUUCUUCAAUGU